AUGAAGCGUGCAAAUACUAUUAGCUUUUCAGUUGAGAUCGGCCUCCGUUUCAUCGGCAUGUGGCCGGAUUCGGCUUAUCCGAAUUUUUAUUGGUUUAGCUACAUGACAACAGUAGCCAUAGUGCAAUAUUACCAAUAUACGUAUAUAUUUGUACACUUUGACUUGAAUGAUCUUUGGCUUCUUAUGGACUGUCUUAGUCUUACUCUAGGAUACAGCCUCGCCUUUCUCAAGCUUCUCGUUUUAUGGUGGAAUCGUCGGAUAUUUUAUUAUAUUUUGAAGGCGAUAGAUGAAGAUUGGAGUGAGUGUGUUAUUAAUGAUUCGUACAAAUCCACAAUGGUGAGCAUGGCAGAUCUGUCGCGCCGUUUUGCUAAUGUAUCGUUCAGUAUUUAUGCCUUCUCUGCUUUCUUUUUAUCAAUUGGCGAGCAUUUGCUUCAGUCGAUGGACGAUCAAUUUGGCAAUAGUUCUCGAGAACUUCCUAUAAAAAUGGAAUUUCCUUUCGAUGUCAGCAAAUCUCCGAUUUUCGAAUGUUUUUUAAUUGGACAGUUUCUUUAUGAUUUGGUGAUAGCUUCUGUAGUUAAUUUGAUAAACGCAUUACUUGUUGCAUUGAUACUUCAUGUGAGUGGUCAGAUCGAUAUUAUGCAACAAGACUUAUUUGAAAUUUCUAACAAAAAAUACGAUAGCAGUACAUUUCUACCUGUUAUCAAAAGUCUCAUCGGCAAGCAUCAAAAGAUUAUUACUUUAUCAGAAAGUAUUGAAAAUUUGUAUACCUAUAUUGCGCUAAUGCAAGUUCUGUGGAAUACGUUGGUUAUGUGUUGCACUGGUUUUGUGAUUAUAAUUGUCGUUAGUAGCGGCGAAGAUACAACAAAUUUGAUCAAAUCAGUGAGCUAUUAUUUCGCGAUAAUGCUAGAGGUUUUUGUAUAUUGCUUUGCAGGAGAAUUUUUAAGUGCCAAAAGCAAGUCGAUUAGCAACUCAGCGUACGAAGCACUUUGGUAUAAUAUGCCGCCAAGCGACAGUCGCAUUAUACUGUUUAUGAUAUUAAGAUGUCAAAAGCGAUUGACAAUCACUGCAGGAAGAUUUAUGGAUUUGACUUUAGAAGGAUUCACAAGUAUAGUAAAGGCUUCUGUCUCCUAUAUAUCAGUAUUAAAUGCAAUGUAUUAA